AUGGCAGAGCCUGCAUCGCUCNNCCCCUUUCGAGCUGGCCACUCACUCGGCUUCAUGGUCUUAGGUGCUUCGCUGUUUGAUGUCUUGACCAAGCUCAAGACUGACACGCGUACCUUUCCCAAGGUCGACCUCACCUUCUCCUCCGAUACACCUCUCAAGACGACUAUCAUCGUCAGCCUUCCCAAGAAUGGCUUCAGACUUCGCUUCGAUGCUCCAGACCAACGCUUACGUCUAAUCGAAAUCACCGACUUCACUCGUAUGCUGUUCACCUUCAAAGGUGGAGAGCUUGUUCCUCUACAGUCCAUAGCAAAUGGCCAAAGCUAUCUGACCUAUAAGAAGGUCUACCAGCUAUUUGGUCCUACAUAUCCUGGCGAGUACAUUCGUCUGAAAGACGCUUCCAAUAUGGGCCUUUACAUUCUCUCCUGGCCAGGCUUAUCCAUCACCUUUCCUGUUCCAGUCGCCUCCUUCAGCCCGGACAAGGACUACGCAGCUAUGCUUACCGCUUCAGCAUCGCCAGCAACAGCUAUGGCAAUCUACGAGGGCAGGUUCUGGCCCGAGGUCCGCAAAGAUCUCUUCACCUAUGUCCCAACAAACCCCCGGAGUUCCUCGCUACUAGGACGCCCUAAAGAAGGUCCCGCUGACGAGGUCGAGCAUGUGAAUGUAUAUGGGGCUGGAAGAAUCGAGCUGUUGCGACGCUCUGGAUCAAAAACGCAUAUAGUCUUGAGCCAAACUACGCCACAAGACCUGAUCACCGAAUUGGGUCCACCCGAUGCUGUGAUGCCACGAUCCUCAAUGAACGAUGACCUGUCAGGGAAAGAACAGCAGACAUGGCCUAAACCCAGAGGGGCAAUCAACAACUCGUACGGCUCAUAUCCAUCUAGCUACUCAUCCACCAAUACCGACACAUACGAGACAGACUUCGACGAAGACGAAGAGACAAAUGGCGCCGAAGCUAGUCAGGCUAGCGAGCAGCAGUACUACUGCUACUUUGAGCACGGAUUUGAUAUUUUGCUGGGUCCGCCAACUGACGUCUCUUUAUUACCCAAGGGUGGAGAUGAGGGCAACGAGGCUCCCCGAUCGAUCCUCACAGCAGUCGACGGACACCUCACAGUCACGCAGAUAAUUUUCCAUGGCAACGUCCCAGGCUCUUACCCUUUCAAUCGCCACCGCAGGAGUAGAUGGUCUCUCAAUUACAUACCCUCCUGCGAGAAACCCAUCACGUCCGAGUCAUUGUUUCCAUCUUUCCACCAGACAUUAGUCAAAAGCUUCUCCCAUGUAUGGCUUGCAUCGGACAUGUCUGAGGGUAUGGUCAUUGUACGCAGCUGGGGUGGCGAUUCAGACAGCAUGACUGGCUCUGCCAUUCUCAUCAAUGGUGAGAUGGACCUGGAAGAUGACAUGGAUUUCAUAAAUGGCUCAGAUGGCUGGGAGCGAGAGAAGAAGGACGAGAACGGAGACGAGCAAUGGCUACGAAACACGAAACUAUACAAGUUUCCUGGUCUCAUGUUCGAGGUGAUGCAUAACGGUGCCAUCAGCGCAUUGACGGUCUGCUAA